UCCUGGCGCCCGGCCCCCCGGGGGGCGCUCGGGGAGGGUCCCGGACCCCCGCCCCGGAGGUUAGGAGCGCAGACCCCGGAGUCCGGGCGAUGGGGUUCCCUAGGCCUCCCCGAGGGCACCCCGCUCCCCCCUCUCCCCGUUUCCGUAAGCCCUUGGGUGGCCGAGGGAAGGGAGUGAAGUCCGUGGACAGGUGACGCGGGGUGGGUGGCCGAGCCCGGGAGGGGCUCGCCGGCCGCACAGGUGAGGCCCUGCCCGGCUCGGCCCAGCGCGGACAGGUGGAGGCUCUGGCCAUGUGGCCUCUCGCGCGAGGGACAGGUGUGCGCGGCGAGGGUCAGGUUAGAGAAGACAGGAGUAAACUCGCUGUGGAAAAUCCACCGGCCUGAUAGGGUAACGGGCUUACCUUUAUUAAGCUCUUCACGUAGGGGAUGGGGUUUCUCCCCCAAAUGCUCAGAAAUUGCCCCCACCGUCCCCAAGGGUAUGUUAAAAUGGUAGGAGUGUGACAUCAGUGACACAUGGACCCGUCUACGUGAUUAAAGCCACCAACACAACACCACGUUUGCUUAAGCCACUUCCCUAAAAUCCAGAUUCACCAGGUCAGAGGAUCUGGGCCCUAGAAUUAACGUGUCCAGAUCAUCCCUCAAAUAAGUGGGGGGCCUCGCCUCCACUGCCUGACCUCACACGCUCAACAGAAGACAGAAGAAAUGACUGGUCUGCUGGAGGUCUGGAACGUUCUCGUCCUCUGUGCUGUGUGUUGCUCGUGGGUGUGCCUGGCUGUCAGGCACCUGUUAGCGGCUGAAGGAAGACAGAGGUUGUACUAGACUUGACUGCCCUUGAGGAAUUCACAGUCCGCUGAAGGAGGAAAGAGAAAUGGAGGUGUCAGAAAUGGCUGAAGACGGGAGUGAGGAGAUCAUGUUCAUCUGGUGUGAGGACUGUAGCCAGUACCACGACUCCGAAUGUCCUGAGCUGGGCCCCGUGGUCAUGGUCAAAGACUCCUUUGUGUUAAGCAGGGCAAGAUCAUCCCUUCCCUCCAACCUGGAGAUCCGGCGACUAGAGGAUGGGGCUGAGGGAGUGUUUGCCGUAACUCAGCUCGUCAAGCGAACGCAGUUUGGUCCAUUUGAGUCGAGGAGAGUUGCCAAGUGGGAGAAGGAAUCUGCUUUUCCGCUGAAGGUGUUCCAGAAGGACGGGCACCCCGUGUGCUUCGACACGUCCAGCGAGGACGACUGUAACUGGAUGAUGCUGGUGCGGCCGGCGGCGGGGCCCGAGCACCAGAACCUGACCGCCUACCAGCACGGCGAGGACGUCUACUUCACCACCUCCAGGGACAUCCCCCCCGGCGCUGAGCUGCGCGUGUGGUACGCGGCCUUUUAUGCCAAGAAGAUGGACAAGCCCAUGCUGAAGCAGGCCUGCUCCGGCGCCCACGCUGCAGGCAGCCCCGGAGGUGGCACCACGGUGGAGCGGGAGCCCAGCCAGUGGGCGUGCAAGGUGUGUUCUUCCACCUUCCUGGAGCUGCAGCUCCUGAACGAGCAUCUGCUGGGUCACCUGGAACAGGCCAAAAGCCUUCCCCCGGCCGGCCAGCACGAAGCCGCUCCCGAGAAGGAAGCAGACGUGCCCCGGGGGGAGCCUCCUGCGGUGCCCAAGAGCGUCAGUGCCACCAAAGAGCAGAAGAAAAAGCCUCGAAGAGGGAGAAAACCCAAAGCCUCAAAACCUGAGCAGCCACUAGACAUUAUAGAAGGCAAGGAGCCAGCAGAGCAAGUGGCGGAGAUCGUCACCGAGGUCCCUCCGGAUGAGCCAGCGACGGCGGCUCCGGACGAGCGGAUCAUGGAGCUGGUUCUGGGGAAGCUGGCCACCACCACCGGUGACGCCGCUUCAGUGCCAAAGUUCCCGCAUCAUCAGAGCACCACCAUCACCCUCAAGAGGAGUCUCAUUCUGUCGAGCCGGCACGGCAUCCGCAGGAAGCUCGUCAGGCAGCUGGGGGAGCACAGGCGGGUCUACCAGUGCAGCGUCUGCAGCAAGAUCUUCCAGAACAGCAGCAACCUGAGCAGGCACGUGCGCUCGCACGGUGACAAGCUGUUUAAAUGUGAGGAAUGUGCCAAGUUGUUCAGCCGCAAGGAGAGUCUGAAGCAGCACGUCUCCUACAAGCACAGCAGGAACGAGGUGGACAGUGAGUACAGGUACCGCUGCGGCACCUGCGAGAAGACGUUCCGCAUCGAGAGCGCCCUCGAGUUCCACAACUGCAGAACAGAUGACAAGACGUUCCAAUGUGAGAUGUGUUUCAGAUUCUUCUCCACCAACAGUAACCUCUCCAAGCACAAGAAGAAGCACGGGGACAAGAAGUUUGCUUGUGAGGUCUGCAACAAAAUGUUCUACCGCAAGGACGUCAUGCUCGACCACCAGCGGAGGCACCUGGAAGGAGUGCGGCGGGUGAAGAGGGAGGACCUGGACGCCGGCGGCGAGAACCUGGUCCGCUACAAGAAGGAGCCCUCGGGAUGCCCCGUGUGUGGCAAGGUGUUCUCCUGCAGAAGCAACAUGAACAAGCACCUGCUGACCCACGGCGACAAGAAGUACACCUGCGAGAUCUGCGGCCGCAAGUUCUUCCGCGUGGACGUGCUCAGGGACCACAUCCACGUCCACUUCAAGGACAUUGCGCUGAUGGACGACCACCAGAGGGAGGAGUUUAUCGGCAAGAUCGGCAUCUCCUCGGAGGAGAACGAUGACAAUUCGGAUGCCAGCGCGGACUCCGAGCCUCACAAGUACAGCUGCAAGCGGUGCCAGCUCACCUUCGGCCGCGGGAAGGAGUACCUGAAGCACAUCAUGGAGGUGCACAAGGAGAAGGGCUACGGCUGCAGCAUCUGCAACCGCCGCUUCGCCCUGAAGGCCACUUACCACGCCCACAUGGUCAUCCACCGGGAGAACCUGCCGGACCCCAACGUGCAGAAGUACAUCCACCCGUGCGAGAUCUGCGGGCGCAUCUUCAACAGCAUCGGGAACUUGGAGCGGCACAAGCUCAUCCACACAGGGGUGAAGAGCCACGCCUGCGAGCAGUGCGGGAAGUCCUUCGCGCGGAAGGACAUGCUAAAGGAGCACAUGCGCGUGCACGACAACAUCCGCGAGUACCUGUGCGCCGAGUGCGGGAAAGGCAUGAAGACCAAACACGCGCUGCGCCACCACAUGAAGCUGCACAAGGGCAUCAAGGAGUACGAGUGCAAGGAGUGCCACCGCAAGUUCGCGCAGAAGGUCAACAUGCUCAAGCACUACAAGCGGCACACGGGGAUCAAAGAUUUCAUGUGCGAGCUGUGCGGGAAGACCUUCAGCGAGAGGAACACGAUGGAGACCCACAAGCUCAUCCACACGGUGGGCAAGCAGUGGACGUGUUCCGUGUGCGACAAGAAGUACGUCACCGAGUACAUGCUGCAGAAGCACGUGCAGCUCACCCACGACAAGGUGGAGGCGCAGAGCUGCCAGCUGUGCGGGACCAAGGUGUCCACCAGGGCGUCCAUGAGCAGACACAUGCGGCGCAAGCACCCAGAGGUCCUGGCCGUGAGGAUCGAUGAUCUGGACCACCUCCCGGAGACCACCACCAUCGAUGCCUCCUCCAUUGGCAUUGUCCAGCCUGAGCUGAGUCUGGAGCAGGAGGAGCUGGCCGAGGGCAAGCACGCGAAAGCUGCCAGGAGGGCCCACAAGAGGAAGCAGAAGCCGGAGGCGGAGGCGGCCGGCGCCCCGGUGCCCGAGGAGGCCGCCUUCAGCGAGUACUCGGAGAAGGAGCCCGUGCUGUCCGGCGUGGGUGACGAGACCGACUCUGCGGUGCAGAGCAUCCAGCAGGUGGUAGUGACGCUGGGGGACCCAAACGUGACCACUCCAUCGAGCUCCGUCGGCUUGACCAACAUCACCGUGACCCCCAUCACCACUGCAGCCGGGACUCAGUUUACCAACCUCCAGCCCGUGGCUGUCGGGCACCUGACCACCCCGGAGCGCCAGCUACAGCUGGACAACUCGAUCCUGACCGUGACCUUUGACACCGUGAGCGGCUCUGCCAUGUUGCACAACCGCCAGAACGACAUCCAGAUCCACCCGCAGCCAGAAGCUUCGAACCCGCAGUCCGUGGCGCACUUCAUCAACCUGACUACCCUGGUCAACUCCAUCACGCCCCUGGGGAACCAGCUCAGUGACCAGCACCCGCUCACGUGGCGGGCGGUGCCCCAGACGGACGUCCUGCCCGCGCCCCAGCCGCCCGCGCCCCAGCCGCCCGCGCCCCAGCCCCAGGUGCCGGCCGAGCCCCAGCAGCACAUGUACAGCUACUGAGUCAAAGCGCCAAGAACUCACGAGGAGCCCUGCCCACAGGUGUUCUUGCUUAUUUUUGAGAUUUGUCUGCUGGAUACCAAACCGAGAGAAAAACAUCGUCCUUGAGGUGUAAGUGAGGUUGACUCAGCUUUGCGGAAUUGUCUCCAGACCCCCCCCCCCCGCCCUCCCCGGCUAGCACUGCCAUCUGAUAGCGUGCCUGGGGGGUGACUCCUGGCAGGUGGCAGCAUGUGUGAGCGGCUCAGCCUGUGCCCGGCAAGGCCGCGUGUCACCCGCCUCCCCUAACAGAACUUGGUCGGUGGACACGGGGUCCGGGCAAGCGAGGCGAGCAGGGGCCGAGAGGUGAGUGAUACGUUACGAGGAGCAGAGUGGCCCGCUGGUGUCCUUUCGGGCCUCACUCGCUGCGUCAGCACAGAGAACGGGUUCCCACGGGGCCACCGGCUGCAAGGAAUCGCCAUUUUCGCCUCCCCUCCGGCUGUUUCUGGCGAAUGAGCAGAUAGAAGUUAAAGUAACGUUUGUUUUCUUCUUGGAGAUCUGAGUUGAGUCCAACUCGAUGCACGCAACUUUGGGCCGAAGACCCGUGAGGAGGUGUUCCGUGGCUGCGGACGACCCCCCUCUGGCCUUACGAUGGGUGAGGGGUCCCCGGAGGUCACUGACUCGGGCCCGAAAGGCCUCUUUGUAACAUAACGCGUGGAUUCACUUUUAGUCUCAGCUCUCGGUUUUUUUUUUUUUCACUUUAUCUCAAGCACAUAUUACGUAUCCGGGACGCCGUGGUGGCCACGUUGUUCUUGACUUUGACACGCUAAAGUCGUUUGCACUGUAGGAGUGUCGGUCCACGUCCAGUUCUGCGCCGGUGCCCGAACACAGGGGACACCCCACUGUGUGGGACAAGUCGGCCCCGUGCCGUCCCCUCUGGCGGCUCCCGCAGAGCCGUGUCGGGAUCUGCCGCCAUCCAAAUACAUUUAUUACGGCUGAGGCUCAGCCAGAGCCACCGGAGAGCAGGGAGGAAAGUCACGUUUUCUUUCUGUGGCAACUUCAGUCCAAAGGUUGAUCUGCUUCAGGACCAACUUCCGAUAAAAAUAUUGAAGGAGGUUUGGCUCUUUACGAUGGAAGAGUGUAGGUUUUUCGGAAGCACACAGAUACGGCCAUUUGCUGCCGGGCGGUCGUGAAAGCAGAGGCGGUCCGUUCGUCAGUAGGAGCGUUAAUGGCCUUCGUGCUCGCACGUGCCGAGUGAGCGCCAUCCCCGCGUCCCCGGCGCACACGCUGUCACACGCCGCGUCCCCGGUGUGUCAGAGGUGGUGGGCCAGGCUCACGCGUGCCCGCUGCUCAGCCGGGGAACCAGAGGCGCAGGUUUUAGCCUCCUGAGACUUUUUAAUGCUGUCCAAAAUGAAACGAUACGUCUGCCUUGCUGCGGCCUUGAUCGCUCUUUGUCACGCAUCCCAUGUUAUUUGGGAGACCACCUUGAAGAAAGAGUGACACGUCACUAGUGGACCCGUGAGGCGGGAGGCGUCUAGGGCCGCCAGGGAGGCCAAGGGCCACUCCUUCUGCAAAAUGCAGCGUCCUCAGCAUUUCCCUUUAUUCCGAGUCGUGAGAUCUUGAGGACGGGGCUCGAAUUCGUAUCGUGCAAUACCUGUCUUCAGAGCUAAGGACCUCCCGUCACCCACGCGGCACGUAAGAGCGUCCCCAGAGUCCGCACCGUGGACACAGCUCGGUCACACUCCCGUCUCCUGCCCGCAGUUGAAUUAAUAGUGGGAGAUUAUUUGACUCUUUAAUUUAUGAUAAUUAUUUUUAUGUUAUUUAUGUAUAUAAUUAACUGCUUUAUACACAAUAAUUCCAUCAAACGAACUUGGGCUAGGAGUGAUAUAUUUUCUCAAAUCCUGUCCUCAUCCUCCAAAUGUAAGCGGUCCGGGUCCCAUGGGGUCGUCAAGAGUACCGAGGUUCCUAAUGUAUUUAAAAAAAAAAAAAAAGAAAAGAAAAGUCACUGACAGUUUUUUUUUUUUUUUUUUGACCAAGUGAAAACACAAACAGGAUGAAACGUCUUUUAGCCUUUAUCUCCUGUUCCGCUUCCCUAUGAAAUAAAGGCCUUUUAAAUCAC